AUGUCGUCCCUCAACAACGACCGCAACCAGCAGCAACCCGCCUUGGGCGACAAGAUCCAGAAGUCCUCCAACCAGUCCUCGAACCCCAGCCAGCGUAACCAGGACUCCCAGGGUCAGUACAACGAGUCCCAGGCCUCGGCUCAGUCCAUCCAGUCCGACCAGCCUGCCAACGACCAGCUGUAUGCCAACGACCAGCUGUCUGCCAACGACCAGCUGUAUGCCAACGACCAGCUGUCUGCCAACGACCAGCUGUCUGCCAACGACCAGCUGUCUGCCAACGACCAGCUGUUUGCCAACGAGCAGCUGUCAAGCAACGAGCAGAACCCCCAGCAGCAGACUGGCCAGGCCGGUCGCAACCAGAACCAGUCCGCCUAUGCCCAGGCUCAAUCGGCCCAGUCCCAGGGCAACCAGGACCAGCAGCAGGGUCAGUGGGAGCAGAACGAGUCCAACCAGCGCAUCCAGUAA